CUGGACUCGGUACGGGAGAAGCCCUUGGUGUUGACGGUAUGGGGGAGAAUGCAGACACGGUGGAGGCAUUGCUCAUGGGCUCAAGCACGAGCGAAUCCAUGAGAAUCGCUGAAGAAAGUGCGGAAACAAGUCGAGGUAGUGUGGACGUCUCCAUUGAUCCUACGAUCAAUAGGGGAGAAGCACUAGGUGUGGUUGGUAUGGGAGGGAUUGGGAAAACAACAUUGGCGAUGCUUGUUAACAACGAUCGUGAAAUACGGAGCCAUUUUAAGGAUGGCGUGUUCUGGCAAGUGGUUGGCUUCGAUAGGUACUCCUCCUGUCCCGAGCAGGUGUUGAGAAGCUUGUAUAAACAAGUGACAUCAGGCGAAGACCUCCCUGUGGAAGACUUUGCUGGUGGGGUUGCAGCAUUUGCAAAAGUGAUUCGUGGAAGACGGAUGCUGCUGGUUGUCGAUGACGUUUGGAGGAAGGAGAGCAUUCAGUGGAUUCAUGACAUACUUGUUGGAGAUGCGCGUCUUCUCAUUACAACACGAAAUGCAGAGGUAGUGGCUGUGCCAGGAGUUCACGAGCACAGUCUGAACUUGCUGGGUAAGGAGGAUGCACUUAAACUUCUUUGCGGACAUGCAUUUGGCACCCAAGAGGUGCCAUCCCAUCUCAACAGGUCUGUUGUGUUGGAUAUUUGCGAUGAGUGCAAGGGCCUACCCCUAGCUUUGCGGGUAAUCGGGUCAUCCAUGCAAGGAAAGGGAACUGAAGAUUUGGAGCACAUCCUAUCCAAACUGAGAAGUGCCACCCCAUUUGAUAAAAGCUUUCCAGUUGAAGGUACACUGAUGGCCACACUUAGAGCAAGUUUUAACGACCUAUCGGAUGUCCUGAAGGUCAUGUUCUUGGACUUGGCGGCCUACCCGGAUGAUUGUCAGAUAGAUGUGGAGCCACAUCUGGAAUUGUGGGCAACUGAUCCUCGUAUUGGAGAUGUCGGACAAGCAGCAUUGCUCUUACAUCAGCUGAGCCUACGGUCACUCGUGACAUGGAGAGAUCGUGAUGAGAUUUCUAUUCAUGGGCACUUUAGAGGUUGUUUUUCCACGUUGGGUUACUGCACUGUCCAUGAUGUGCUUCGAGAUCUGGCAAUGCGGAUCAUCGGGGAAGGCGGUGAGGUAUCAAGCCUUCAGAGGUUGUUUCUGUCAAGUGAUGAUGUGAGAGAACCACAAAAAUUUCCCACUGGUGCUAGGCAAGUCAAGGCAAAGUUUAUGGCUUUCAUUACUAUGGAGUACUCCGAACCAUUUGAUAUUCCCAAAUGGGACAUGCCAGACCUGGAGGUGGCGUGAGUCCCAGUUCUGGUCUAAGUCCGAGAAACUGUCCAGAUCCAGACGUCCAAAUCCAAAAUCCCGGCCGAAAGACCUCAGCAGCAAUGAACUUCAUUGGGACAG